UCCAUAGAGCACAUCAACCCUCUCCACGUGAUGCCACAUUCAUCACUGGGCAAUGGGGCCAGUGAGAGUGACAGAAAGAGAGAGAGGGCUACAAAAAAAAAAAAAAAAAAAAAAAAAAAAAAAAAAAAAAAAGAGGGGGAUGUAUAUGUUUUUGUGAAAGUUGGAUCCUAACACAGAGGUACAAUCUGGAUUAGAAGAAACACUGCUUUUCAGUAUGGCUAAAUGGAACUCAAAGCUUAAAUGGCUACUUCUGGUUCAACUCUUGCUGUCAGAUGUGGUAUUUGCCAGAGCUCCACUUGGAAAAUACCACCUUUUUGGACUUCAGAGUAGUCUGCGGCCAGUCACUGAGAAAACAUUCUCAUCCCAAUCAUUUUUGUCGGAAUCUCAAAAUCAAUCUGGAAUAGUGUUCAUCAGCCAGGAGGCUGAGCACAAAUGGGCAGCAAAGCCAAUAAAUGAGCAGGUAGAAUCACCAGUGGUUUCAGAUGAAGAACCUAGUCUCCACCAAGCCCAUCAGCUGGUCUUAGACCUCUCUGCCUUGCUACAAGGUCAGCUGCAUCUCAAAAGCAAUGCAAGCUGCCCGGAGCUUGCUGCUGGGGGUUGGAGAGGAAAUGAAUUUUCUCAGGAGCUACUGGGGUUGGCAAUGGUGCCUGUUUUGGUGUCAGCAGGAUGUUUAUUUGAAGCACAGGCAUUGGUAAUGAAGCUCUACACAGUGCUGGGCCAGAAUGAUACACGUGAACUUUUGCAGGACAUACUGGUGCAGAUCAAGAGAGGCAAAGAGAAAGAAGAAACUCAUAUUGGCAAUCACACCUUUAGAAAUGCAACCCAAACCCCAUACCCUCCUUCCAUGCUAAGCUCUGAGACACAGCACCACCUUCUGGCUGUAAUGUUUAAUAUCAACCAACUAGCUGAGGUGGGAGAGAGAGCUGAUGGUUAUAAUGGCAAAGGUGGGCCUAGGGGACAAUGCAAGGGUUGGAUAAGAGUGAAGGGCACCGUGUUACUAGGGCAGACCGCAUACCAGAGUGGGACUUUGCGUCUUGAGGAGGCACUGCAGGCUUGUCGAAGUUUGGGUCUCCAUUGUGCAGGUGUGACCCAAGAUGGCAGCUCCAGCUCUGGAUCUUAUUGUGUUAUCAUAAGGCCUGGUAGCAGAUUAGUGCCUUCAUCUUCCUCAGAGAGCUGGAUUCAGAGUUGCAGGAAUGGGCCUGUACGUUGGCGCAGAAAUGCAGUAUCUCAGUGUGUAAAUGAAAAGGAAGAGCGAGUGUAUACUGUGGUGGAGUGGAUUCCUGCAGUCUCUACGCUCUAUAAUCUAGGCACAGCUGUUUAUUAUGCUUCAGUCAACUGCUAUGAGACAGCAAAAGAAAGAGCAAUCCUCAGCACUGUGGAUCUGGGCACUGAUGCCCUAAUGGCUGUAACUGGAGGAACCGCAGGGGUGGCUGGUUAUGCUUUAGGAGCAGGCCUAAAAACUGGUGUAAAGACAGGGAUUAAAUACCUGCUAAACAGCAUAAAACAGGAGGAAGACCUGCAAAUGAACCAGAACAGCUGGGAGGAUGGAACUCUCUCAAUCCAAUAAGAGGCCAAGGGAAAAUGAAUAAAAAGAACAUAACAUAAGAAUUAGAAGGACAAUAACACUGCUUCAUUGAACAAUGCUUCAUUGCAAGGAUUUUUUCCACUUCUAUAAUAAAUGUUUGAUUUAUCAUAUCAUUAAAAUUUUAUUUUACAUGAUAUGACCCGAUUAAAGGUAAGUGCUGUAAACAUUUUUUGUUAUCAGUGCCAUUGUAGAAAUGCACUAUUCGCAAUCAGCCAUAAUUAAUUUAUUAUGCAAACGUAAGUGUCCAAUAAAGGGGGGUAAUCGAGGUAAAGUGAAUAGUGUUUGACUGACCAUAUAAUUUUAACAUGUAGCCUACUACUGCUGUGUUUGCAGACUUCAUAUUAUGUAAAUGCACAUAAUAUAAUUUUUUUUCAAGAGUACUACUGAUUUCUUUAUGUGUAAAAGUUUUAAAGGGGACCUAUUAUGCAAAAUUCACUUUUACAUGGUGUUUGAACAUAAAUGUGGGUCGGCAGUGUGUGUACACAACCACCCUACAAUGUUAAAAGUCCACGAACUCCUCUUUCUUAUAUUUCUAUUAAUCUAAAACGGUGUCUCAAAGUGAUUGGUUUUCGUUUCUGCUCUAACGUGAUGUCACGUUAGAGCAGGCCCCACCCACGACUGGUGACGGACUCCACCCUAUUAUCAUAGAUCCGCCCCGAGUGAUCUACACACAGUCCGCCAAUUAUUUCCACACUGGAGCAGCUACGGUGAGAAGAAUAAUGUCUCAGCUUCGUAAGCGUCAUAAGUGUUCUGUUGUUGGCUGUAAAAGUGAACAUAAGAGUCCCGGCAUCAGAGCCACUGAAGACGCAUUGGACAAGUUUUGUUUUUGAAGCAAAUGUGCCCCAAAACAUACCAAAAUUCAUGUAUGUUUGUGCAAAUCAUUUUACACCGGACUGCUUUGUGAAAGAGGGUCAAUAUAAAGCAGGAUUUUCCAAAAAUUUGAUUCUCAAGCAUGGAUCAGUACCAACUGUUCGUGUUCCAACUUUAUAUCCUGAAGAUGUAAGUAUUGCACUUUAUAUUUUGUGAAUGUUUGCAAAUCGCCUUUCUGAAUGUGCUUGUUAGCUGAUUCCACGGCUAAUGCAGAUAAAGUUACCAUUGUCUCUGUUUGUAUUCACGGAGAACAGAGCUAUGUCAUUAUUUUUACGCUUACUGUCUGUAUAAUUCAUAACCGCACCUUUAUUAUGCACAAUACAGUAAGGUGAUUGUCUUUUUGAAAACUAUGUACAUUUUCUGUGAACAUAAGAGAGUUGUACUAAAUGUGGAAUGUUUACUUGCAAAGGCCAGCACAUCUGCACAGACUGCUGUCUGAUUUGUUGUUGCUGUAGCUGUAAAGGCACAGCCCUCUUCUGGAAAGGUAGCUGGGAGCAGCAGCUCAUUUGCAUUUAAAGAGACACACAUGAAAACAGUGUGUUUUUGAUUCCACCCAAAAAGAGGCAUUUACAACAUGGUAUAAUAAAUGAUCAGUGGGGUAUUUUGAGCUGAAAAUUCACAGACACAUUCUGGGGACACCUGAGAUUUAUAUUACAUUUUGUAAAAAGGGCAAUAAUAGGUCUCCUUUAAAUUUAGGGAAAAAUUACAGAGUGCAACUUUAAGAAGUGAGUUGUAUAUGUUCGGAUCAUAAAGGCUAAUGUUCACAGUGACAAUUAACAAAAUCAGUCACAAUCAUUCAAUCAUUCGCAGUGUAUGAGUAAAGCAAUAAUAUUGAAAGCUAGUGUUCUCAUCUCCUACUCUUUUUAAUUUUGAGUAGAUGAAAAAGAGAGAUGAUCUUCUGGGCUACACAUGGCAUGCAUGAUCAACUUUAAUCGAGAUUAAUUUAAAUUAUGGCACGUUGUAUGUUUAUUAUGCUUGUUACCAUGGCCAUGGUUAUCACUAAAAACAGUAACACUCAACCAUAACAUAUUUCAUUGCUACAGUUUAAUCGAACACAUACAAAAAUGGUGCAUGUAAUAAUGAAAUGAUUUUAGUCUGUGUACAUUUUCUAUUUUAAUUAGUUUUAGAGAUAUUUGAAUGGACCUUAUUCAAGUAGCACCAUAUUUAAUUUUUGACAGGAAGGACACUGACGCUAUGAGGUAUAGUACAGUCUCUUCAACCAGUUGUACUGUUGUUUAAUCCUUUAAUGCAUACCUCAGGUCUUUAGUGACCUGGGACCUCAUUCCACCCCCUGUACCUCAUUCAUUUCACAUACAUAUUAUACAUGCUAUUUCUUACUUAGGGUGGCACUGAUGUGUCAGUGAUUGACUUGAUUUACAUUUGACUUUGCUAUUUGACAAAAAAGCAAUGUGGAAGUAGACUAUAACAAGUGUAACACAUGAACAGUAUGGUUUGUCUUUUGUCAUUUGGGUGUACUACUGAAAUUAUGUAAUUUGUGCAUCUAUUUCUCAAAAAGUGCCUAAGAAAAAACAUAUGUGUAGCUUAUGUGUGAAUUAUGUGUUAUGUGUAGCUCAAUAUGUGUUUGACAGCCAGUUUCAUUGUGGAAGUAAUGAAUCCUGUUCUAUAUUUGUUGCAUCAUCUCUUUGAUAUAUGAAAAAUGAAACAGAAAAAUAUAUCAGAAUACAUUCUAUUCCACUA